GAGGCGAAAUCACCUUUUUGGCGUUGCGCAUCAUUCGACUUGAGAGUAUCUUUGUGCGUGUCUAUCACAAUUAAACCUGAAUCUCCUUCCCAGGGGACAUCUCCUUGAUUUUCAUUUCGCGUCGUUGAACGACAUCGUCCCCCCCCGAAAGAUCCUCACCCCCUUUCACACUCCCAGCUGACCCGACAAAUCGCCCGCUUGGAUCCCCUUGUUUCCAUCGUGCUCCCAUUGACCCCACCCCAGGGUUUCUUUGACUCUAGUCUUUGUUCCUGAUCUGUACAUUUACCUCCCAUCUCUCUCUACUCCUCCUCCUUUGCACACUAAAAAGAACACUGCGUGUAUUUCUGGAUUGUCCUCGUUCAAAAACAACCUCGAGGACACGCGAAAAUGCAUGACUCGGCGUGCCCCGAGGUGGUGCUGGUCAUUGAAGAGGCCGAGGAGGAUGCGGGUGAUAGAGCUGGGACGGAUGUCUCUUUGCUCGUAGGAACGGAUGACAAGGAAGAGGCAAUGAAGACGGAAGCCGCUCUCGUGGCAAGCGCCGUAGCCUCAACAACACUUACAGCUGCCGCAUCUGCUGUAGUUGGCUGCACCGAUCUUGCCUUACGCGUUGAUACUUCGUCUAUUCUUCAUCAUCACAACCAUCGGCCUCUUCUGGAUCGUCGCAUCGCGGCUCUUAUUAGCUCUAUAUCUACUGGUGCCAGAAUCUCGCUUCGUCUUGCUUCCAUUUUGGUUGAGGCCAUUUUUGAAUCAUUGAAAUUUUCGGCAUCAACAAGUUUGGCCAUCACACGACGGGCAAUGGUUGCUGCUGUGUCUUCUGCGCGAACGCUACAUUUGAUUGCGAUGGGCCGCGGGAAAAGUGACAGCGUUUCCUUCUUUAAAGUCUUGGAUCGCUAUACUUCCGCCGGGGUUUAUGUCAUCCACAACGUCUUUUCUUUGGCAGAGCUGUUAACCCACACAACCUUUCAUCUUGCAUCCUCUACAAUCCGUUUCUCUCUCAACGCGGCGGAGGAAUUUGUACAGGUUCUUGACGGAUUAUUUGGCGAAACAGAGACAUCUAAAGCACUGGCAGCGUUUGUCUGCUUGGUAAAGAAGGAGCUGGAGGGGACGGAGGAAGACUUGUGCUUGGGUUCAAAGUAUGGACGAAUUUCGGCUCUCGGCCAAAUCACUAAAGCCAUGACUGCCUACUGCUGCUUACAAUAUGUAAACCGAAACCGGUGGAGAAACUCGCUGAAGCUCACAGCAAUCUUUGAAGGACAUAUACGUCCCUCCGAGGUCCCAGAGGACAGUGCCGCAAAAUCAUACUCUGGUCUGUCUGAUUGUGAGAUCAACAGUCCUAGCGACUUGGGAGAAAUGGGAAUGGCAGAACUUCACGCAAUUGCUAGUGGAACCUCACAACUCCUCGCUCCGCUGACCAGAAAUCAUAUUUUGGGCCCCAUGGACCGGCGGCGGAUGUCUAACCCAGAGAGGUUUUCCUCCCUAGCGCUUCGGCUCAUUGAUCUUGAAGGGGGUCGCAGUGGCGUGCAAACGAUGACUCGCGAGGACUCGGGAUACGGGGAAGAUCCCACAGCUGCUUGGCCAGAAAAGCCCCAAAAUCUGGCAGAGGCGCGCGAUAGGAGACGAGAACACCGCCAUGGCUCGGUAACUCCCGAUGGUCGAAGGCAGCGGGCACAUUCAGGACAAUCUGGGCAAUACAAGCUAGAUCACGCGCAGGUGAAUAGCGUUCUCAGAAUGCUAGAGUCAGUGCAAUUUGGUCGAAGUCAGACCAAAAGCAAGCGCUCUACGAAAUGGGAGAACAGUGCUUCCUUGCCUAAGGCUCACCGCGACGGUCAUGGUCGACAUGCUCGCCCCAAAAGUGACAACAUAGUUUCAACUGAUGGAUCAGGAGAUCCACGACAGAAGCUCUUCGAAAACAUUGCUCGCUACGUAAGGUUUGCGAGCGGUGCAUACGGAACCAAUUUCUUGAAGAUCUUGGGCAUUGGUCGUGCGCGUGAUCUUCUUAUAGAAAAUUGUACCGAACAUCACAACCAUCAAAGUUUUGCCUUCCAUACCGAUGUUCCCGUAGAGCACAUUAUAACCUCUUCAUUUCGAAAACCGAGCGCAUUGCACCCACCUGCCCUGAUCGCGCCGGUGCAUUAUCUCGUCGUAGAUGCCAAGAGUUCUGCCGUGGUAGUCAGUUUGCGUGGAACUUUAGGGCUUUCGGAUCUAAUCACGGAUCUUACCAGUAACUAUGCUUCGUAUGAAACUGUGGAUGGUGUUCAAGGCAAAGUCCACGCAGGUAUGCUGGCAUCCGCAGAGAAGAUCGCCCGAGGACCUGUGCGCGAUGCAGUGGUGGAGGCCCUGAACAAGCAUCCAAACUUUGGUCUUGUGCUCACCGGACAUAGUCUGGGUGGCGGUGUCGCUGCUUUACUGGCUCUGAUAUGGUCGCGGAAAUGCGUUGGAGAUAAUGGGGAGGAAAAGUUUUUUACUAGCGAAGAGAAGGGCUUUCCCAGUCGACCGGUCCAUUGUUUCGUUUACGGUGUACCGGCGGUCAUGUCGUUGAACCUUUCAAGCCACUGUAAAGACCUCAUCACGUCCGUCAUAUACCGUCACGAUGUUGUUCCUUGUCUUUCACUAGGGCUUAUUCGCGAUUUCCGGAACGUAGCUGUAAAUCUGUGUAACGAGCAAGGAAUGGCCGAACGAGUUAUUGGGAAAGUUCUGGGUGUUUUUAAGAAUUAUCCCGGCGCAAAUGUUCCGACAAAUGCAGGACGUCAAGAGGGCCCAGGACAUGAAGAUGAGCUCUGGUAUUGGGCACUUUUGAAAACUCUUCGAGCAGAUAUGAGAGCAGAAAAACUUUAUCCACCAGGAAGCGUGUAUUGGCUUGACGCAACCACGCCAGUCGUGAAAGCUGCCGCAAAUCCCGUGAGCUCGUCGCCGACCGUGAAUGUAUCGAAAGCACGAAUUGCCACUGCCUUGACGGUCCAUGCCGUUGACGACGUCGAAGUAGCGUUCUCUGAAUUUACAUUUUCGCGCACCAUGUUUAUCGAUCACUCUCCGCACAGCUACGAGAGAGCCCUCCAAUCUCUUAUGGUCGCAAUGAAGACGCAUCAAUGGGGAUGACGGCUCAUCCUGGUUAUUGAUUACUAUUGACAUUUUUAUUUUACCGCGAAUGUGCGGUCUCUUUAUAACUUUUUCAAAGAGUUUAUCGAUUGGGACGUAUAUAUUGAUGGUUUUUUAAAUGGGGUUAUUAGGGGACAUAUGUACAGACAAGAAAAUCAUGUAAAUGGAGUGGAAUCUUCUGGUUGUUUAUAUCUUUUAAAAUGGAAAUAUAAUAUCUUUUGUUACACUUGAA